UUUCGGCUUUCGGCAGCAGAUCUCGCUUCGUCGCUGCCGACAGCCCGCGGACUUUUCUCUGAAUUCGUGAUCCUUCUGCACGGACUCUGGACGGAGCUUUGUACCGAUCUGGAUUACCGCUUGUGUGGACUUUAUUACGGGAACUGAACGGGACAGCAGCCGAUCCGCGCUGUGGAUAUUUCUCACUAUCCUGGAUCUUGUGGAUUAUUUUACUGACUUCAACAUGACUCUGGAGGAGGUCGUUGGAUCCAACAGCACCGAGAAAAAGAUGGAGACGGUGAGUCAGGCUCUGGAGGAGCUGCUGGUCGCGGCUCAGCGGCAGGACUGCCUCACGCUGGGAGUCUACGAGUCCGCCAAACUCAUGAAUGUAGACCCGGACAGCGUGGUCCUGUGUCUCCUCGCCACUGAUGAGGAGGAUGAAGAUGACAUCGCGCUGCAGAUCCACUUCACGCUGCUGCAGGCUUUCUGUUGCGACAACGACAUCAACAUCCUGCGGGUGUCCGGCAUGAGGCGGCUGGCUCAGCUGCUGGAGGAGGACACGGAGGACAGCAACGGCAACGAGCCCCGAGACCUGCACUGCAUCCUGGUCACUAACCCGCCGGUGCAGCCGCUGCAGUGUCAGGCCCUGCAGAGCAUCAGCAGCUUCUGUGAGGAGAGCCGCUGCAGGAACCAGUGGGUGCCCUGCCUGGAUCUGCAGGACCGCUGAGCCGAACCGGGACGAGCCGAACCGAGUCAGACCGCCGCGAGCGGUGAGGAAGAGUGGAAACGGUCCAAAUGGCCGCCCUCCUGCUGAAGAGGAUUAACGGCGUUUGAGAUGGGAGAUUGACCGACCCGAACCGGAAGCCCUUCUGCUGCCUGAUUGGGUGAUCGAUUUGUCCGGGGAGGGACGUGACAUGCCGGCACCGGUCCAGACGGGUUCUGGAAGCCGGAGCGGGAGUCCCGUUGGAGGAGGAGAGGACUGUGCAGGGGGAUUCGGGUCCUGGAGCUGCAGAGAGGAGGAGUUUUUAAAUCAAAUGUCACGUGACUGAACUGAACUGAGCAACUACCUGAGCUGCAGGUGCUCUCACACACACACGAACUGACGUGACGUUACAGGACGUGUGACGUCACGAGCUGUUGUUUCUUGUUUUCAGCGAGGCUUUGGAGUCACACUGUGACGGACAGCCGAUUAUUUAAUUGAACAGAGUAAUAUAUGUGAACCCACCUGUUUUACUGACUACCUGAUGAAUAAAUUAUUGAAGGAGAAA